AGGUCGGUCACCUUCCAUUUAAAACAUGUUAUUGUUCGCUUGUUUUCAGAAAGUUGUAGUUUCGUAAAUAUAGUAAUAUAACAGGCUGUUUUAACAGAUACUGUCCCGUGGGGAGUGAAUAAUGUCAUCAAUUCCUACCUGAUAGGAAUUUUAGUGUGAAGAAUGCUUAGCUACUGAUAUAUAAUAGUUAUGAGACUAUAGAUAGUUUAUAACGAUCCCAUAGUUUAUAUUCAUGAUGAUAUUUGAAAUUACACUGUUGUGCGCAUUUCCUGAAAAUAGAUGUUUAGUUUUCAGAAAGCUAAACGUUACGUCAGAUUGCACUAUACUCGAACGCGUCCCGAUUUGCACUUCAGUGUGAAAAGUUUCGAAAACUUCAUUACAGGUUUGUGUGUACCAUAUUCACAAAAUAACAUAUUUCCUAGAGACCUCAUUUACUCUAGGUUACUCAUUUGUAGGGCUGAGAAUGGUUAACCGAUUUUAGAUGGUUAACGGUUACAAUUUAUUUUAACCGUUAACUGACAUCUAGGUACAGAUCUUUUUUAUAAUGUACAAUUACUUCAAAAAUGAUUGCUAUCGCAAAUUUAUCUCCUGGGGCGUUUAAUCUAAUAGAAUAUCACUGACUGUAUUAGUAAGGACCCAAUAAAUGUGAAAAAUAAUUGAAGUACCAAGAUUGCUGUUUAUGAAAACUUGACAAUGAUAUAUUCAGAAUCAGUUUUUGGUCAAAAUAUAUUGUUCACCAUUUCAUUGCUAAAGCGUAUAUUCCAUGUGCGCAGUUGAUGAUGUUUUACUUUAUGAUAUCUGAAAGUAAAAUUUGCACAUCGAACACUGAAAGUUUGUCACAUAAAUGACAUUUAAUAACGGAAUCGGGUUGUUCUUCAACACUUCCAUAUGUCCGAAGCACGCUACAUACAUCUUGCAGCAGAGCGAUCAUGAAACCAUCUCGAUUCGUGAAUAACUUCGAGUGAUGUCGAGAUAUCUUAUGUUUUGUAACCAUUGUGGCGUAACACGUUAAAAUUAUAGCUGCGGUUAACCGGUUCAUUUUACCCGGUCAACGGUUAAAGUUUUUUUUCUUUCUGAAAUUCCAAGCCCUAGUCAUUUGGUUAUCACAAAAUUCAACGUACAUCAAUGACACUAUGGUUCACAAUUAUAGCUGUUGAGUCAGAAAGUUCAUCAUUUUUAACUUCCGCCAAAUUUUUUAUGGCUAAUGCAUCAACGUUCAAUCACAUAACGAGUUUCCGCGUCGUCGAAGUUUGUUGCUAACACUAUAGCAUUUGGGCCACAGAUAAGCGUACUCUAAUAGGCAACAUAUUGCGAUACCACGCAAAAUCAAACAAAACCAUUAGAGUAUUUGAGCCAUCAAAAAAUGAGCGACUGCCAUUCUAACAAGGCAGACGAAACAAUCAACUAUCAGUUUUUUCGCCCUCCAUAAGAUGAAAAUGCGAAAUAAAUACAGAAUAUUUUUUGAUUUGAUAUUUGAAAAGAUUUAAGUUUAGCAAGCAUUUUAGUUUAUUGGUAAGCCAAGUUAGCACUCUUUCAGCUCAGCCAGUCUUCAGGUGAUACAUAAUUUAUUGAUAAAUAUCACUGAUUUUUUCGAGAUUUUUGCCAAUUUGUUGAUACCAAUUACUUGAUAGUCAGUCAGCGCCUAUAGAUUAGGCUUGUUUAUCGAGGUCUACAGUUUCAGGCCAAAUUCAUACGUUAUUAUAUAAACUGCUCUGUAGAUUUUUUUUCCUUCAGAAUAUCAGAAUAAUUAGUGACAAACUAAGUGUCAUUUGUCGCUGAAAAUACCACAUCAUGAAGUAUUUCAGGGUAGCUCUCAUUUCUAUAUGGCUUAUCAUCGGAGCCGAAUCAGAGUAUUCGAAGUGCUUCAGCAAUGUGGUCUGCAGAGGAGGGGGCCUAUCCUACGAGAUGAAGAGCUUACAGAUUUAUCCAUUUCCUGAUUGUUGUGGAGACUCCACAAACGGACAGACAACGAUGCUGUAUGAUCUCAAUAGAACUUUGUCAGAACGUAUCCAAACAUUUCAGCAAGAAUUGAGCGGGACAACUGUAACAAGGCAGUCAACACAAGGAGAGACAUGCUACGCUCCAGUGACUUGCAACAGUCAAGGUGCAAAUUGGAUGCAAGUUUACCCACCAGUGUCAUGCUACUUAAAUAAGAAUAUUGGCUUCGAAUUGAACGACGACAUUAUUCAGACAAUGGAGGACGCUAUUGAUGGCGCUAUUCGGGCAAUGGAUGAUUCUGUGAAUGCCUCUUGUGGACCUUGCGCUCUUACUUCGUCGGAAUAUUUGGAUGAGAAAAAUCGCCUUAGAUCUACAAAAGUAAUACAAGGUAUUGAAUCCCAGCAACCCUGUGUCGUUCCCGCAACCUGUCUGGGCAAAGAAUCAGUCGUGACUACAUGGCUGACAAUUUUGCCGUUGCCAGAAAAGGAGGGGGCGUCAACCAUGAAGGUGAACGAAAUGACCGGUGGAAAUGUGGUCGAUGCCAUGAAUGAAUCACUGGAGAGGAGCAUCAAAAUGAUAGAGAACUUCAAUGCUGGUAAUUGCGGAGGAUGUACUACAGCUCCUACUACAACAUAAAUUUCUAUAAACGGCUACUGUAUUGUUCAGUUAUUAUGGUAUAUAUAUCAUAAUUAUGCCUGCGUUGAUGAACAAUUAAAUUCAACUUAUAACGUAUUUUCACCACGCUAUGAAACGCCUGGAACGGCCCUUACUUACCCUUACUUAUA